UAAUUAAUCGUUAAAGACACUCGCCAUGUUUUUAAUUAAGAACGAACGUACUUGUAUUUCUACACCACUGUACUGGUUGUGCUAACUCUGGAAUGCAGAUUCAUGCAAGGAAGGACGGAUUGUCUAAAAAAGCUGUCUUUUCCAACUCGAGUUGUCCGUCACAUCAAAUCAAGGAAAAUGUAUUACGUCUGGGCUGCAAUUGUGGCUAGUUUUGCCACGAUCGUGGUUUACUUUCGGCUUCCAUUCAUUGUCUUUCCUGUUCUUCUGUUUGUGGCGUUUCUAGCAUCUGGAGGAAAGGAUUUUCCGCGAGUGUUCUUUCGAACAAUUUUGCGCGAUAUAAAGGGUUUCUCACGUUUUGCCAAUCUGCUUAUCACCACUCGACUCCAUGUAAAGAACAAACAUACAAUUUCCGACAUAUUUCAGGAAACAGUGUCCAAGCAUCCUCAAAAGGCUGCCAUUGUAUUUGAAAAGAGAACAUGGACAUUUAAAGAAGUUGAUGAAUAUUCGAACAGGAUUGCAAAUUUUUUCAAAUCACAAGGAUACCAGAAAGGCGAUGUGGUAGCCCUUUACUUGGAGAACUGCCCAGAGUUUAUUUGCAUCUGGCUUGGAUUAUCCAAACUUGGUGUAGUUACAGCACUAAUCAACACCAACUUGCGUUCAGAUUCACUUUUUCACUGUAUAUCUGUAGCUUCUGUUAGAGCAGUGAUCUUUGGUACAGAUCUGUCAGGUCCUAUGAAGGAAAUCCGGACAAAAAUUCCAGAAGUUGUUGAGCUCUACUCCCUAGGAGUUAAAUCAACUUUUAUGGCCUCUGUAGUUCAUUUGAACCAGAAAAUUGAAGCAAGUUCACCUGUGAUGUCUGCAGUCAAUCAUCCUAAGUGUUUUGCCGAUGUAUUAUUGUAUAUAUACACUUCAGGGACAACUGGAUUACCCAAAGCUGCUGUGGUAACAACUGCUAGAUACUUCAGGAAUGCAUUCGGGGUGAUCUGUGCGCUAAAGGUGCGCAAUGAUGAUGUAGUUUACUGCCCCAUGCCGCUGUAUCAUUCUGCAGCUGGAAUAGUAGGUGUCGGAAUGUGUUUCAUAGCUGGUUGUACUUUAUCGCUAAGGCGCAAAUUCUCUGCCAGCAAUUUCUGGGAUGACUGCGUUGAAACAAAGGCUACGGUCAUCCAGUAUAUUGGUGAGCUGUGCCGAUAUCUCUUGUCCCAACCUCAUCGUCCUUCGGAAAACAAGCAUUCUGUCCGCCUGGCGAUUGGUAAUGGCCUUCGACCUCAGAUAUGGAAAGAAUUCCAGGAACGUUUUAGCAUAAAGGAGAUCGGGGAAUUUUACGGUUCCACCGAGGGAACAGCCUCUGUGAUAAACAUUGACAGUACCCCCGGUGCGUGUGGAUUCAUGUCUGAGAUCUUGCCGUCCGUCUAUCCUGUAGUGAUUUUCAAAGUUGACCCUGACACAGGUGAACUAGUGCGCGGCCCGGAUGGGCUGGCUGUGAGAACAAAGCCUGGGGAAGUUGGACAGAUUGUGGGAAAGAGUUUAAGAGGGGAUCCUUCCUUACGGUUUGACGGAUACCUGAACUCACUUGAAACCAAAAAGAAAAUUGCCCACGACGUUUUCCGAAAAGGCGACGCAGCAUUCCUAUCCGGAGACUUAGUCUUCCGAGAUGAGUUCGGCUACAUUUAUUUUCACGAUCGCACAGGCGACACGUUUCGAUGGCGUGGCGAGAACGUAUCGACGGCCGAAGUGGAGUCGGUGAUGAGCAAAGUGCUUGGCCUUCGCGAUGUUGUUGUCUACGGCGUCUUGGUCCCGGGCACUGAAGGGCGUGCGGGCAUGGCCGCCAUAGUUGAUCCGGAAUACAAGGUCGAUCUCGCGGAGCUAGCUGCUAGUUUGAAGAAGCUUCUCCCGAGUUACGCUUGCCCCAUGUUCCUCAGGAUCGUUCAUAGCGUCGACUUGACGGGAACUUUUAAACUUCAAAAGUCCAAGUUAAGAAACGAAGGCUUUGAUAUUGGUGUUAUAGAGGAUCAAUUGUUUUACUACGAUAGCAAAGAGAAAACGUACCUAGCCCUAGACGAGGUCAAAUAUGAGCAGAUAAUUCGUGGUGAGAUCAGAAUGUAGAAAAUAUGGAUAUUUUUCCGUUUAGAAACUCUGUGUUACAAUAAAAGUAAAUAGCAAGGCCAUUAAUUUGAACAAACGAGUCAGAACCCGAAAUAUUUGAAAAUAGUAUAUGAGAAAGCUAACGGGCGAAAGAAAAGACGCGCCUCUCAUAUGGAAAACAGUCCAUUGGCACAGAGUAUUCUCGGGACCAGUUUCAGCUUGUGUCCUCCCAAUUUCAUCCGUAAUUUUACAUAAUCCACAAGAAAAAAAAAA